UUCAGUCUAUAUACAGAUGUACCGAGUUCAGUGUUCAUGUUUGUUCAUGUAGAUAUUUAGUGUUGUGUCAUUGUGACUCAAUAAAACUCUUUCUGUGGUGAUUCUCUGUAUUUAAUCACUGAUCUGUAACCCGGAUCAGUUAUUUAUCUAUUCGCUGCUCUGAUGGAGGACUCGGUUCCGGUCGGGGAGAAACGAUCCUUCCCCGAUGAAGAUCCAGAACACGCGGUGAAGAGAGUGAGAGUUACGGGAGAGGAGGAGGAUGAUGAUGAGGAGGAGGAAGAAGAGGAGUUGUGUGAGGAAGAGGAGGGAGAGAGUUUUGCUGAUAUGAUGAAGCACGGCCUCACUGAAUCAGAUGUGGGGAUUCACAAGUUCAUCAGCGACCACAAAGGAUUCUCUGGCAUCUUAAAAGAGAGAUAUUCGGAUUUUGUGGUCCACGAGAUCAAUAAAAGUGGGACAAUCGUCCGAUUGGAUGAUUUGACAGUUCCAGCAGAUGCUGAGGAAAACACUUCAGCAUGUGAUUCCACCGAGUGUCUGACGGAAGAACAGAAACAGCAGCUGUCCGAAAUACAACUCUUCAAAAACAAAGAGGGACACGUGUCCAUAGAGGUGCAGGACGACUCAAAGGAGAAACGGACUCUUCUGCACAAAGCGGUGAAGACUCUUUAUCCCGGACUGGAGACCAAGACCGAGGAGCGGGAUGGGAAGAAGUUCAUCGUGGCGUAUCAUGCAGCUGGGAAGAAAGCUCUGGCAGCCCCUCGAAAGCACUCCUGGCCAAAAACUCGUGGAAGUUUCUGUCAUUUUGUGCUGUAUAAAGAGAACAAGGACACCAUGGAUGCCAUCAACGUUCUCUCCAAGUUUCUCAGGGUUCGUCCAAACGUGUUCUCCUACAUGGGUACCAAAGACAAGAGAGCCAUCACCGUUCAGGAGAUCGCCGUUCUGAAGAUUAGCGCUGAACGGCUAGCUCAUCUCAACAAGUGCCUCAUGAACUUGAAGCUGGGAAACUUUGGCUACAAGAAACAUCCAUUAAAACUGGGAGAACUGCAGGGGAACCACUUCACUGUGAUUCUCAGGAAUAUCUCUGGCUCUCAGGAGCAGGUGGAACAAGCGAUGACAUCACUGAAGGACACAGGCUUUAUUAACUACUAUGGCAUGCAGCGAUUCGGCACCACGGCCGUCCCAACGCAUCAGGUGGGCAGGGCGAUAUUACAGAACAACUGGAAGGAGGUGAUGGAUCUGAUCCUGAAACCCCGUCCUGGAGCGGAGAAGAGUUAUCUGGUGAAAUGCAGAGAAGAGUGGGCGAGAUCACAUGACCCUGAGGCGGCGCUGAAGAAGCUUCCGGUCAAACGCUGUGUGGAGGGGCAGUUACUGAGAGGUCUGACCAUGUACGGCAAAAACAACAUCGUCACGGCAUUUGGACUGAUUCCUCGGAACAACAGGCUGAUGUACAUUCACAGCUAUCAGAGUUUCGUGUGGAACAGUAUGGUCAGCAGACGCUUGGAAGUCUUUGGCCUCAGAGCGGUGGAGGGUGAUCUGAUUCUCAGAGGAGGCAGUGCUCACGUCCUGUCCGCUGAAGAGGCAGAGAAACACUCCAUUCAUGAUGUGGUGAUGCCGCUGCCGGGCUUUGACGUCAUCUACCCGACUCACAGCGUGGGUGAGGGCUACAGACAGAUGAUGACCGCUGAUCAUCUGGACAUUGAUAACAUGAGGCACAAAGUUCGGGAUUAUUCUCUCGCUGGUGCUUACCGAAGAGUCGUCAUACGCCCCAGUGAUGUCAGCUGGGAGUUGAUUCAGUAUGAUGAUCCUCGAGUGACCCUCGUUCACACGGAUGUGGAGAAAUUAGAAAGCCGAGCAGCUCCAGUCUACCUGAAAGAGGGGAAAUAUCGAGCUCUGAAGAUGGAGUUUUCUCUGCCGUCCUCCACGUACGCCACGAUGGCCAUAAGAGAAGUGUUGAAGAUGGACACCAGCAUCAAGAACCAAACGCAACUGAACACAACCUGGAUCAACUGAACACACACACACACACACACACACACACACACACACACACACUUUCAUCAGGUGUUUUUUCCUUCAUUUCAGUGCUGAUGCAGCUCACAGUAUCGCAGCAGUGGGUUUUGUUGUCAAAUUGUUUUGUUAUUUUAAAGAGUGUUUUAAAGCUCAGUAAAGAUCAUUAUUAAAUGCUUUUUCAGACCUUCAGAAAUCGAACAGAAUCGACAUUCAGGUCAAAGGUCAGAUUAGUUUUGCUGAUUGUGGAGUGAUGAGAUGAUGUAUUACAGUAAAAUGUUUAAUUCCUGCCGAAGACAUUUGACAGUGUAAUAUUUUAAUCUUCAUCAAUAAAUCUGAUCUGC